AUGGGGGAAUCUUGUGCUAAUUCGAAUAGAGUUAAGCUCCGGGAUGGGAGACUAUUAGCAUAUAGAGAAGGAGGAGUUCCAAAGAAGGAAGCCAAAUUCAAGAUCAUUCUUGUUCAUGGCUUUCGAAGCUCCAAAAAUUUGGAAUUCUCUGCCUCCAAAGAGCUGAUAGAAGAGCUUGGAGUGUAUAUUUUAUUCUACGACCGUUGUGGAUAUGGAGAAUCGGAUAAAAACUCGAAACGUUCGGUGAAAAGCGAAGUCGAUGACAUUGCAGAACUUGCGGAUCAGUUGGAGAUAGGACCCAAGCUAUCCGGCGUGGCUUUUGUUGCUCCGACGGUUAAUUAUCUGUGGCCGUCAAUUCCUGAGAAGCUUAUAAAGAAUGAUUACAGGAGAGUUCUUAUCAAAUGGUGUUUGUGGAUGUCGAAACAUGAACACGGACUGUUAAAUUUGUGGUUUAUUCAAAAGCUUUGCCUAGCUGCCAUUUCGGUCAUUGCAAGCAUUCCGGUCAACUUCAAUACCCGCGACACCGAGUCACACAAGGACAAGUUACGUGAAAGAAAUGAUUUGGAUACUAUAAGGGGCGAUUUCGUGACCUGUUUCGGGCAAUGGGAUUUCGAGCCAGCGGAUCUAAGCAUUAGUCAAGAGAGCUGUGUUCAAAUCUGGCAUGGCAAGGAAGACAAUGUAGUUCCGGUUCAGCUUCAAAGAUGCAUUCUGGAGAAGCAACCUUUGAUCAGCUACUACGAAAUCCCUGGAGGCGGACAUAAGAUCAUGGAGUAUGAUGGUAUAUGCGAUGUGAUCCUACGCGCGCUAUUGCUAGGGGAAGAACAAAAUCUGUAUAAACCACUUCUUUAA